AUCUGUGAAAAGUACUUCAACAUAGGACCAUUGAAGCUUCUUCUCAUGAGUCCAACAAACCUAAAGACAAAGAUGUUCCUCAAAGUUUGACUCAGCUGCAUGCUGAAAUAUAUCAUGCCCCUUUCUUGUUAGCAUUCCAUCAAUAAAAUCAGAGGAAGCUGAAUUAAUUGUAGGCUUAUAGUACUUUACCAUUUGCCUAUGUGUGUCGUCUGAAAAUCCUGUUUGAGGUUUAUUCCUAAGAUGGAUAAAUUUUGUUUCUUCGUUACUGCUAUACUGACGGCAAACUGUGCUACAAUCAGCCAAGCAGUUCUUCAUGUUGAUCAAAACCUCAGCACCGAUGCAUCUUCUCUUCUUGAGUUCAAAAGCCAAGUAACUUCUGACCCUUUCAGGAUCUUGGCCAAUUGGUCUUCCACAACUCAUGUUUGUAACUGGAUAGGUGUCUCUUGCAAUCUCCAUCAGAGAAUCACAGCCUUAAAGCUGUCAAACUGGAGCCUUUCAGGAACCGUUUCACCUCAUCUAGGCAAUCUCACAUUCCUCACAUCAUUGGAUAUUAGUUUUAACAGCUUCCGUGGCUUCAUCCCAAAUGAGUUGUCUAAUUUGCAUGGUUUGAAACAGAUGGAUUUUGGGUACAACAACUUCUCUGGAGAGAUCCCAUCUUGGUUUGGAACCUUCAUAGAGCUUGAGCUCCUUCUCCUUGACAGCAACAGGUUCUCAGGUGUCAUUCCUGUUCCGCUAUGCAAUGUGUCGAAGCUGAAGAGAUUGAAUUUGAACGACAAUCUUCUUCAAGGAAGUAUUCCACAAGGGAUUGCUAAUAUUUCUUACCUGAGGAUAUUAAAUCUGCGAUAUAAUCAGCUUGAAGGUUCUAUACCGUCUGGAAUAUUCAACCUGACUCUCUUGCAACGUAUUGACCUCACAAGGAACAGCCUAUCAGGAAAUCUGCCAAUGGACAUUUGCAAUCAUCCCUCCAAGCUACAAGGUCUUUAUCUGUCUUACAAUCAUUUUGAAGGUGAAAUUCCCACACAAUUGUACAAAUGUAGAUACCUUGAAUAUUUGUCACUUUCAUACAAUCAAUUCUUUGGCAAACUUCCAAGGACACUUGGGUACUUGAGCCAGCUCAAGGAAUUAUAUAUUGGGGGAAACAUUUUCACUGGAGAGAUUCCUUCAGAGAUUGGUAAUCUUACACAUUUGGAGGAAUUGAGCAUAAGGGAUAGCUUGCUAACAGGGAAAGUUCCGUUUUCUAUCUUCAACAUAUCAACUCUGGAAAUAAUUGAUUUUUCUAACAACAGUCUAUCAGGAAGCUUCCCAGUAGACAUGUUUUACAAUCUCCCAGCACUAAAACAGAUGGAUCUUUCUAGCAAUCAGCUCAAUGGCUCAAUUCCCUUUUUCAUAUGGGAUUGCAAGGCUCUUGUAGACCUAGGACUGAAACACAAUAACUUCACAGGUGGCAUAUCUGAUAGGAUUGGGAACCUCACUUCGCUCAGAAAGAUAAUUCUAGACGAUAACAAGUUGAAAGAGAAGAUUUUAACGAGACAAAACCAUGCAUCUAUUCAGUUAGUUGACAAUUUUUGCGGCCAGAAAAAGAAAGCCACAGGAAUCAACAGUAAAAUACGAUUUGAACUUAUGUCAGGUGAAUUACCAAGUGAGAUUGGUAAAAACAUCAAUCUUGAAGUCAUCUCUCUUAGAAACAACCACCUCUUGGGCCUCCUCCAGCCUGGUAUCUUCAACAUGUCAUCGCUAGUGUAUAUAGAUUUGGCUGGUAAUCAAUUCUCAGGCUCUCUUCCUUCAAGUAUUUGGAGUACACUUCCAAAGCUGCAAGAAGUUUAUCUGGACGACAAUAAAUUCAACGGAAUAUUGCCGGCUGCCAUAUCAAAUGCUUCUAAGAUUACCAAGCUAAGCAUUAUUGGAAAUUCUUUUAGUGGUCCUAUACCUACUACGCUAGGUGACUUGCAACUCUUGAAGUAUCUUUUACUCGGAGGAAACAACUUCACAAGAGAAUCUUCAACCCCAGAGUUGAGAUUUAUCUUUUCUUUAACAAAAUGCAGACAGUUGGAGGUUGUGGAAUUAUCACAGAAUCAAUUCAAUGGUUUCCUUCCAACUUCAUUAGGGAAUUUUUCUACUUCUCUUCGAUCGUUUAAGGCCUUUGGAAGCAAGAUCAAGGGUGCAAUUCCAACUGAAAUUGGAAAUUUGAGCAGUCUGCAAGCCAUAUAUCUUGAUAGCAAUGAUUUGACGGGAUUUAUUCCACCCUCAGUCGGGAAAUUAAGCCAUGUUGAGCGUAUAUAUCUUGAACACAAUAGAUUGCAAGGGCAAAUGCCUGCUGAGCUUUGUCAACUGAAAAAUCUUGGUGACUUGUAUCUGAAUGAAAAUAUGCUUUCUGGUCCAAUACCUGAUUGUUUGGGUGAAAUCAAGGCCUUGAGAGCCGUCUUUUUGCAAUCCAACAAUUUAAAUUCCACAAUUCCAUCUAGUCUUUGGAACCUUGAAGAUCUCCUCGGCCUAAACCUGUCUUCAAACUCUUUAAGCGGGAGUCUUCCAUCUGAGGUAAAAAAUCUGAAGGUUAUAACGCAACUAGACUUGUCAUGGAAUCAAUUUUCAGGAAAUAUUCCAAGUCCUCUGGGAAGUGCAGAAUCACUAGCUUAUCUGUCCAUGGCACACAACAAAUUUCAAGGAAACAUUCCUGAAUCUUUUGGAAACCUAGUGAGUUUGGAAUAUUUAGAUCUAUCUCAAAAUGAUUUUACUGGAGUGAUACCAAAGUCAUUAGAGAAGCUUGGUUACAUGAAAUACUUCAAUGUGUCUUUCAAUAGAUUAGAAGGGGAAAUUCCAACAGGUGGACCUUUUGCCAACUUAACAGUCCAAUCAUUCAUGCAUAACUAUGCAUUGUGUGGUUCAGGCAGGUUACAUUUUCCACCCUGCAAAAAAACUGCCUCCAAAUCAAGAUCAAAGAAAGCUAUUUCAAUGAUCAAGUAUUUUUUACCUCUAAUUAUAUUGGGUAUCAUAGUUUUGGCAGCCAUUUCAUUUGCGUGCAGAAAGAGAAAAAUUCCAAGAAGGGAAUUACCACAGAGUGAUAACCUGUUGCCUCCUAAAUGGAGAAAAGUUUCUUAUCAAGAGAUUUUGGGAGCGACAGAUUCCUUUAACGAAAGAAACUUACUUGGGACUGGAAGUUUUGGUUCUGUCUACAGAGGGAUAUUUUCUGAUGGCUCCAUUUUUGCAGUAAAAGUUUUUCACGCAGAAAGAUCAAGCAAGAGCUUUGAUGCUGAAUGUCAAGUACUUGCAAGUACCCGCCAUCGAAACUUAGUUAAAAUCAUCAGCUGUUACAACAAUCAGGACUUCAAGGCUCUGGUACUAGAGUAUAUGCAUAAUGGGAGCCUGGAAAUCUGGUUGCAUUCAGAGAAUUCCUUUUUGGACAUGCUACAAAGACUAAACAUAAUGAUCGAUGUUGCAUCAGCUUUAGAAUAUCUUCACCAUGAUCAUACGCCUCCCAUAGUUCAUUGCGAUUUAAAGCCUAGUAACAUCCUGCUAGAUGAAGAUAUGACAGCACAUAUAUGUGAUUUUGGUAUUGCUAAACUCUUUGAUGAUGGGGAAGCUAUGGUUCAAACAAAGACUUUAGCAACUAUUGGAUACAUGUCACCAGAGUAUGGAAUGCAAGGGAUAAUAUCGACGAGUGGCGAUGUCUAUAGUUAUGGAGUAAUCUUACUAGAAACAUUCACAAGGAAAAGGCCAACUGAUGACUGUUUUGGACAAGGAUUAGAUUUGAAGCAUUGGGUUAGCAAAUCAAUACAAGCAAACUCAAUGAAGGAAGUUGUUGACAGCAAUUUAAUUCAACAAGAAAAGCAGAAGUUGUAUGCAAAGGAAGAAUGUGUGCUGUCUAUCCUUGGUCUAGGCCUGGAUUGUUUAGUUGAUGCACCCCAGGAGAGGAUUAACAUGAGGGACAUUGUGAGUAAACUGAAAAUGAUCAAAGAAACACUUCAGAAAAAUGUACAGAAGUAACGAAUUGCACUAGCUAGAAUAUCAUCAUUUC